AAUUGUGAAUAUUCGUCAAAGUAAUGAACAAAAAUGGAUAUAAGAAAUGGGAUGAUCCCGUGGAAAAAAGAAAACAGCAGAACUAUUUGGAAGAGCAGAGAAAUAUGAAACCAGGUGUAUGCAAUAAGCUGUCCCUGUUGACAACUCGAUGGUAGGGCUGAGUGACUAAGACUAUAUUGCCCUGUGAUUUUUAGCAACGCUCGUAGUACUCCAUGUACAACCUGUGAAAGAGAGAGGAAAGGAGAUUAAGGCAGUAUGCAAACUUUGAAAGCAAAAAUAUAUAAGUUUUUACACGCUGUCAUUGAUCCGGACUUCUUGCAAAACCCUUACGGAACGGAUGUCCUCGCCAAGCUGUCCGAGCUGAACCUGAAGUACGAAAUUAAACAACAGCUGGCUACACGAAUCAUCACAUUCUAUCGUACCAACCAACAAACGCUAACCCAACCGGGAACACUGAGCCCUAAAACCACCGAUCAAAACUUUCUGAUUCACCUUAUGCUGGGACAAGAUCUCGUGCAUCAUAUCAAAGAGCGCAAUCUGCGGUCGUGCAUCGAAAACUUGCAACAAUUAUAUCCGAAUAAAACUAUUUCCCUACUAGUAUACGGACUGGUUAGCUACUGUCGCCAGAAUCGUGGCUGCGUUGGUCGUAAUGAAACCGAAAUGGCAUUAACGGAAUUGCAACUGUUUGCGGAAUGCUCGCAUCAGCUGCUGGAAACGGCAGAGGAGGUUGGUAAUUAUGUAGCCCAAUUGGGAAAAAGUUUGGCAGAACUACCGUAUAAGCAGCAGCAACAGGAAAAGUACAGCGGAGAGCAGUUGUACCUUGGAAAUGAGAAAAAAGGCUGCGUCCGUGUCGAGGGCACGGCUGGGUUACAUCAGCUGUAUCAGAACCAGCUGAUAAAAAUUCCAUCAGUCACCCUGGAAGUAGCAGAAGCAAUCAUUAGUGUUUAUCCAAGCUUGAAGCAGCUGAUCGAAGCUUUUCGCUUUGCAACUGACGCCCCUAACUUGCUGGCUGACAUCCCAAUCCGGAGAGCUGCAGGACCUAUUACUUCAUCGAUACGCCGUAUCGGACCGGAGUUAAGCAAAAAGAUUUACCGCUUAUAUGGCAGUGUCGAUCCGAAGCAGGAGAUCUGAACACAAGGAAAGUUAUAUUUUAAGUUCAGUACAGGAAGGAUCGCCACGUGUUUCACAUAAAAAUAUCUAUAUAAUUUCUUGAUUUUCUAUGCUAAUAAUGCACACAAAUGUACAAAGCAGCUGGAUACAAAAAAUUACUUCUUUUUCAAAACAUUGCUACUGAAAUUAAACA